GCCGUCAUGUCCCGCUACCUGCGCUCCCCCCACAACACGUCUCUGUUCGUAAGGAACGUGGCCGACACCAGGUCCGAAGAUUUACGAAGAGAAUUUGGUUGUUAUGGUCCUAUAGUUGAUGCGUAUGUUCCACUUGAUUUCUACAUGCGCCGUCCAAGAGGAUUUGGUUAUGUUCAAUUUGAGGAUGUCCAUGAUGCCAAAGACGCUUUACAUAAUUUGGACAGAAAGUGGAUUUGUGGACGCCAAAUUGAAAUGCAGUUUGCACAGGGGGAUCGAAAGACUCCAAAUCAAAUGAAAGCCAAGGAAGGGAGGAAUGUAUACAGCUCUUCACGCUAUGAUGAUUAUGACAGAUACAGACGUUCUAGAAGCCGGAGUUAUGAAAGAAGAAGAUCAAGAAGCCGGUCCUUUGAUUACAACUAUAGAAGAUCUUAUAGUCCUAGAAACAGUAGACCGGCUGGAAGACCAUGGCAUAGCAGAAGCCAUUCCAACAAUGAUAGAUCAAACUGCAGCUGGAAUACCCAGUACAGUUCUGCUUACUACACUACAAGAAAGAUCUGAGAAAGCAGAAAAAGAACCAAAGAAGGGCAGUUCAAGCGACCAAAGGGUGUGCAUUAUAGUGAUUGGACACUUCUACACAUUACUCAGUUCUCAUUGUGAUCUCAAGAGGAUGGGGCACACCAUGCCACAGAGAGCCACAUGGGGAAGCACCAGACUUGGUCAGGAGGCAGAGGGAGUGAGGAAAAAAGGAAUCUGCUAACCCUGGGACGGGCGAGUCCUUCCAUGAUCAGGGAGGUCCCGGCUAUCAAAACAUCAUCAUAAAAAAGACGUGCUUGGAGCACAGAGGAUUUUUAGGGCAGUGAAAUACCCUGAUAUCAUAAAGAUGGACGCGUGUCAUUAUACAUUUGUACCAAUGCUUAGAACGUACAGCAAGCACCAGGAGUGGACCCUGAUACAAACUAUGGACUUUGGAUGAUAGCAAUGUGCCAUCCAGGGCUCCAGGACAGGUUGUUGAUAACGAAGGAGACUAUCCAUGUGUAGGGCAAAGGGUAUGUGGGAAAUCUCUGUGAUUUCCCCUUGGUAUCACUGCGAAAAUUAAACUGCUCUUUUAAAACAAAGUCUUAAUAAAGAACAGAAAUAAAAAUGAAUCAGUAUGAAAUUAUGAACUGACAAUUAUCUGUGGCUAGAGUUGCCCUGCCCACUGAGGUAACCACUAGCCACCACCACAUGUGGCUAUUUGGCACUUGAAACGUGCUGCAAAUGUACAAUCAAGAUUUACUAUGCCAAAAAAAGGGGGGGAUGUCUCAUUAGUUGUU